GCUCGGUCAUCGAUUCGGUGGGUCUGGAGCAAAGUUUUGGCGUCCGCCGCAGCUGAGCCGCUCACAGCCUUCCUGCCGCCGCGGGCUGCUGCUGCUGCCGGGAACCGACGGAGGAGCGAGGAGCGACCGGACGGACGGAGGGAGGAGCGCCCGUUUCUGCCGCGCGCCGCCGUGAAUGCUGGGAGGAGAGCCGCGCAGGAGCCUUCAGCCGCAGCGCCCGCACAGCCCCGCGUCCGCGAUGGAUCACUAUGACGAGGACCAGGACUACAUGCCCCAGGAGGACGACUGGGACCGGGACCUGCUGCUGGACCCGGCCUGGGAGAAGCAGCAGAGGAAGACCUUCACCGCCUGGUGUAACUCCCACCUGAGGAAAGCGGGAACGCAGAUCGAGAACAUCGAGGAGGACUUCAGGGACGGGCUGAAGCUCAUGCUGCUGCUGGAGGUCAUCUCAGGCGAACGUCUCGCCAAACCCGAGCGAGGCAAAAUGCGAGUCCACAAGAUCUCCAACGUCAACAAAGCGCUCGACUUCAUCGCCAGCAAAGGCGUGAAGCUGGUGUCCAUCGGAGCAGAAGAAAUCGUUGAUGGAAACGCCAAGAUGACCUUGGGAAUGAUCUGGACCAUCAUCCUCCGCUUCGCCAUCCAGGACAUUUCAGUGGAAGAGACUUCCGCCAAAGAGGGGCUGCUGCUGUGGUGUCAGAGGAAGACGGCGCCUUACAAGAACGUCAACAUCCAGAACUUUCACAUCAGCUGGAAGGACGGUUUGGGUUUCUGCGCUCUCAUUCACCGGCACCGUCCAGAACUCAUCGACUACGCCAAACUACGAAAAGACGACCCCAUGACCAACCUGAACACGGCCUUCGACGUGGCCGAGAAGUACCUGGACAUCCCCAAAAUGCUGGACGCUGAAGACGUCGUGGGCACGGCCCGUCCGGACGAGAAGGCCAUCAUGACCUACGUCUCUAGCUUCUACCACGCCUUCUCCGGCGCCCAGAAGGCGGAGACGGCGGCCAACCGGAUCUGCAAAGUUCUGGCCGUCAACCAGGAGAACGAGCAGCUGAUGGAGGACUAUGAGAAGCUGGCCAGUGAUCUGCUGGAGUGGAUCCGCCGCACCAUCCCGUGGCUGGAGAACCGCAUGCCGGAGAACACCAUGCAGGCCAUGCAGCAGAAGCUGGAGGACUUCCGGGACUACCGGCGCCUCCACAAGCCGCCCAAAGUGCAGGAGAAGUGUCAGCUGGAGAUCAACUUCAACACGCUGCAGACCAAACUGCGGCUCAGCAACCGGCCCGCCUUCAUGCCGUCCGAGGGAAAGAUGGUGUCGGACAUCAACAACGCCUGGGGCGGCCUGGAGGGGGCGGAGAAAGGCUACGAGGAGUGGCUCCUCAACGAGAUCCGCCGGCUGGAGCGGCUGGACCACCUCGCCGAGAAGUUCCGGCAGAAAGCCGCCAUCCACGAGUCCUGGACCGAAGGUAAGGAGGAGAUGCUGCAGAGGCGGGACUACGAGACGGCGUCGCUGUCGGAGAUCAAGGCGCUGCUGAAGAAGCACGAGGCGUUCGAGAGCGACCUGGCCGCCCACCAGGACCGCGUGGAGCAGAUCGCCGCCAUCGCACAGGAGUUGAAUGAGCUGGACUACUACGACUCCCCCAGCGUGAACGCGCGCUGCCAGCGGAUCUGCGACCAGUGGGACGCUCUGGGGGCGCUGUCGCAGAAACGCAGCGAGGCUCUGCAGAGAACGGAGAAGCUGCUGGAAACCAUCGACCAGCUUUACCUGGAGUUCGCUAAGAGAGCCGCCCCCUUCAACAACUGGAUGGAGGGCGCCAUGGAGGACCUGCAGGACUCCUUCAUCGUCCACACCAUCGAGGAGAUCCAGGGCCUGAGCACCGCCCACGAGCAGUUCAAGGCCACGCUGCCGGAGGCGGACAAGGAGCGGCAGGCCAUCCUGGGGAUCCACAACGAGAUCGCCAAGAUCGUCCAGACGUACCACGUCAACAUGGCGGGCUCCAACCCCUACACCGCCAUCACCCCGCAGGAGGUCAACGCCAAAUGGGACAAGGUCCGGCAGCUGGUGCCGCUGCGCGACCAAUCGCUGAUCGAGGAGCACGCCCGGCAGCAGAACAACGAGCGGCUGCGCAGACAGUUUGCCAACCAGGCUAACGUCAUCGGGCCGUGGAUCCAGACCAAGAUGGAGGAAAUCGGACGCAUUUCCAUCGAGAUGCACGGCACGCUGGAGGACCAGCUGACGCACCUGCGACAGUACGAGAAGAGCAUCAUCAACUACAAACCAAAGAUCGACCAGCUGGAAGGAGACCACCAGCUGAUCCAGGAGGCGCUGAUCUUUGACAACAAGCACACCAACUACACCAUGGAGCACAUCCGCGUGGGCUGGGAGCAGCUCCUCACCACCAUCGCCCGCACCAUCAACGAGAUCGAGAACCAGAUCCUGACGCGGGACGCCAAGGGCAUCAGCCAGGAGCAGCUCAACGAGUUCCGCGUGUCCUUCAACCACUUCGACCGGAAGAGAACAGGGAUCAUGGAUGCUGAAGACUUCAAAACCUGCCUUAUCUCCAUGGGUUACAACCUGGGGGAGAACGAGUUCUCGCGCAUCAUGAGCGUGGUGGAUCCCAACAGGAUGGGCGUGGUCACCUUCCAGGCCUUCAUCGACUUCAUGUCCCGGGAGACGGCCGACACCGACACCGCCGACCAGGUCAUGGCGUCCUUCAAGAUCCUCGCCGGGGACAAGAACUACAUCCUGGCGGACGAGCUGCGCCGGGAGCUGCCGCCGGAUCAGGCGGAGUACUGCAUCGCCCGCAUGGCCCCGUACGGCGGCCCCGACGCCGUCCCCGGCGCCCUCGACUACAUGUCCUUCUCCACCGCCCUGUACGGCGAGAGCGACCUCUGAGGGGCCCGGACGCCCCCUCCCGCCACUUCCUGCAAGCGUCCCGUCACACGCGUUUCCCGCCGCGCUCUCUGUUGUUUCUGGCCUUAUUUUGUCUCCUCAUGCCCCGCCUCCUCGCCGCUCCCUCACACUUUGGUUUGCAGCAACUCUCCAGGUUUACAGAGGGAGAGACAAACAUGUUUGUAUUUGUUUUUCUCUUCAUGUUUUUCUUCAGAAAUUGAAUAAAGUUAACAUAUUUUAUUAUACUGAACAAAAAAGGUAUUUUUCUUCACCUUGAUUGAAAUACAAGACGAAAAUUGUAAUAAAGAGAAAUAUUACUCUAAUGUU